GUAAAAAACAUAGAGAAUCAUGAGAAAUUUCUUAGAGAUAUUUAUCGUAAAGAACAUGAAAAUCGUAAAGAAGCAGCAAAAACAAAUUGUAAAUUAGAGAGAAUUGAAAAGGCCGCAAUGAAGCAAUAUAGAAGAGAUAUAGCAUUUGAAACUCCUGAUGCUACAGUACUUCAUAUAUAA